AAGAAUUUUAGUUGAUCCAACUGCAAGACAUCUUCGUGAAGAACGUUUUUCCAUUCCUCAAAUCAGUCGUUCUAUCAAAUCAGAUAGUGAUCAACAACACUUUUGUUUUAUUAUUGCUGAAUGGCUUAUUAAAAACAAAAAAGAUAAAGAUGACCAUCCAAAAUGGGUUGAACAAGCAGCAAAAGGAAUAUAUCAGGAAGGUUUAAACCUUGGAAAACGUGUAGAAGCCUUAUAUUUAGCAAGAAAGUUAAGAGAAGUAAAAGAUAAACAACAACAUGAAAUAGUUAAACGUUGUAUUCAUCUUUACACGAAAGAAACGUUUCUUUAUAAACUAAUAAAUAAAGCAUUAAGAGAAGAAGACAAAAGUAAAGUAGAUACAUUAGGUGCAUUUUGUUAUUAUAUAAAUUUAAUGAAUUAUACACAAGGAUUUGGUCCUAGUUUCCAUACAAGUACAGUAUAUAGAGGUAUGACAUUGACUAGAGAGGAAAUAAGUGAUUAUAAAGCAAGUAUAGGUAAAUAUAAAGCGUGGCUUGCAUUUAACUCAACAAGUAAAAUUCGUGGAGAAGCAGAAAUUUUUGGAAAUACAUUAUUUGUGAUUAAUUUCCUUGCUAUGUCAAGGCAUGGAAGCGGAAUUGAUAUUACACAUCUUUCAGAAUAUCCCUAUGAAGAAGAAGUUCUUUUACAAACAGGAACAAAUUUUCGAGUAGAUGAGGUUAAAGAAGAUGGUCUUAGAUAUCUUAUUCACGUAACUGUCGUUUAA